AAAAAAAAUUACACCCACUGACAUUUUGAAUUCUCGGUUUUCUGCUAACGAACAGCGAGAGGAGCCGACUCCGAAGCUACCAAACCCUAGAUAGUCCUUAUCGUCGGGCGAAUCCCUCCACGGCGGAAUCUUAGUUUAAUACUAAACGUAACACACCACGCCAACACGCCGGAUCCCCCAUGGACUCGCGUCGUCUCCCGCGCACCGUAAUUGAUCCGAAGGUCCGCCAGGUAGGCUUCUUCACCGCCGGCGAUCCACCACCGGCACGCUCACACUCCAUCCCAGUCGACGCCACCAUGACUUCCGAUCUCAACUUCACCGGAAAUUCCCUCUCCCCUGUCAUGAUCCCACCACUUCGCCACAUAUCGCCUCUCCGGCGCGAGGAGGUGCAGAUGCCAAUCGGGAGCUACAACCCGUCGGAAUCGUUUUUAGGGAUGUCGCCAUCUAGAAGAGGGACUGAUGGGUUGGAUAACUCGGAGGCUGCGACCUCCUCUUUGCUUGGGAUAACUGGGUCUAUUCAUGCUGCUGCGUCGUUCCCGCGGGGUAUUGGGGAGGUGAUGAUGGUUGUGAGGAAUGAUGAGGCCAAGACGAAGGCAUUGGCUGAGAAAACGCUUCCUGGGGUAACUGAGGAAGAUGGAACUCUUACUGAUAUGAAAAAUGAAGGGGCUGGAACUGGAAGACCUCAUAAACAGAAGACCACUAGAGCUGAACGACGAGCCAUUCAGGAAGCGCAACGAACCUCAAAGGCUGCAGCAGUGGUGGUUGGUAAAGGAGGCACGCUUACAGCUUCAACUGGAGGUGCAGCUUCUGCUAUCUCAAACCAAGAGAAGGUUCAGAAACAAUCUCAGAAGAAGGAUGGGCCUCAGGAUAUAAGUGCAGCUCCUGAAAAGAGGGUUGGCCGCAAUCUUGAUAAAGACAGAAAAAAAGAUAUUCCUCAGCCUCUAAUGCAAUUUGAUGACAAGAAUCGAGUUGAAAAGGCUAAAAAACGCGCAAUUGUUACUCAGUUUGAAGCUCGAAAUAGGGUUGAGUUGUUCCGGCACUUGCCACAGUAUGAGCAUGGGCCCCAGCUUCCAUAUCUUGAAUCCAAAUUUUUUGGCUUUGACAAUAUUCAUCCUUCAGUAUAUAAGGUAGGACUUCAGUAUCUAUCAGGGACUAUUACCGGCGGCAAUGCUCGAUGUCGAGAAAUGCUUCAGGCAUUUCGUGAGGCAAUUAUAGAUUACUCUACACCUCCAGAGAAAGUUCUCGUACGAGAUUUGACCUCGAAAAUUGGUAGUUAUGUUUCAUUUUUGAUUGAGUGCAGGCCCCUCUCAGUUGGCAUGGGAAAUGCUAUCAGAUUUCUGAAGAACAGAGUUGCAAAGUUACAUCGUAACCUGUCGGAAUCGGAAGCAAAAUCUCGUCUUUUAUCCGAUAUUGACCGUUUCAUUAAUGAGAAAAUAAUCAUUGCUGACCAGAUUAUAGUACAACAUGCUGUCACAAAAAUUAGAGAUGGCGAUGUGCUACUCAUAUAUGGAUAUUCGACUGUCGUCGAAAUGAUCUUACUACAUGCGCACGAACAAGGAAAGCAGUUCCGUGUUGUGAUCGUCGAUUCUCGGCCAAAACUCGAAGGAAAAACGGUACUUCGUAAAUUGGUUAUGAAAGGUCUGAGUUGCACAUACACUCACAUAAACGCUGUUUCAUAUGUCAUGCAUGAAGUCAAUCGUGUUUUUCUUGGUGCGUCCGCAAUUUUGGCGAACGGAACUGUUUUUUCGAGAGUUGGAACUGCUUCUAUUGCCAUGGUCGCCCAUGAAUUUAGAGUUCCGGUUCUUAUAUGCUGCGAGGCGUACAAGUUUCAUGAAAGGGUGCAACUUGAUUCAAUAUGCUCCAAUGAACUUGGUGACCCGGAUGUAAUUUCUAUCGUUCCUGGGAAAGAAGAUUCGAAUCAUCUGGCAAAUUGGUCUGAUCAUAAGAAUCUUCAGCUUUUGAAUCUUUUCUAUGAUGCAACUCCUUCGGACUAUGUAUCGAUCAUUGUGACAGAGCAUGGAAUGGUUCCCCCGACCAGUGUGCCGGUUAUUGUGCGAGAAUAUGGGAAGGAUCAGUUCAUAUUUUGAUAGCUGCUCUUCUGGCAGCAAUUCUUAAUGCCUUGAUGCCCUCCCCAUGAUAUCUACAUGCGAAUUAUUUUUUGUAAUUUUUUUUUUUUAAUUUCUAGGAAUAAAUGGUUAAUAUUGAUAUAAAAGUUCCGGCAGCCUAUAUUUUUGCAGACUUCUACCCGUGAAGAGUGCAGCAGUUGGCCUCUCCUUCAGGUUUCUUUUGUCUGAACCAAAAUUUUGGUAUUUUUGUAUUGAUUUCCUACUGAAAGUGGUCGGUGCUUUUUCUUUUCUUUCAUCUAAAUCUUUGUGUAAAUUUCUAUUUGUUUUGUCCUUUUUUUAUCUACAUUUCUUUGUGACUGGGAAAAUUUGGGGUUGAU